CUCCAGUCGCUAGAGUUGUAGCUCAGUUAGUCACUUGUAGGCUUAUUGGGAAGCUGCUCGGCGCUCCGGCUCCGGUAUUAGCACUGCCGGGUGGGACGGGAGCGGGUUCGGAGCGGUGCCGGACUGGGGCAGAUGGAGAACUUUAUAUAGAGCGCAGAUAUUUGGCAGAACUUUUUCGGCAGAAACGCUGCCUGUUUGGUAGUUGUGAGACUCAGCGAGCAGCAGAAUGGCGGCCAUAAAAGCUCUCCAGCAGUGGUGCAAGCAGCAAUGUGAUGGCUAUCGAGAUGUCAGCAUCACUAAUAUGACCACCUCGUUCCGUGAUGGAUUAGCAUUUUGUGCCAUAUUACAUAAGCACCGUCCAGAUCUCAUAAACUUUGAUUUACUCAGCAAGGAGAAUGUAUACGACAAUAACCACAUGGCUUUCAGCGUUGCUGAGGAGAAGCUUGGAAUUCCAGCCCUGCUGGAUGCUGAAGAUAUGGUGAAACUGCGGGUCCCUGACAGGCUCAGCAUCCUUACUUAUGUAUCGCAGUACUACAAUUACUUUCACGGACGCUCUCCCAUUGGAGGCUUGGCAGGUGUGAAGCGUCCUCCUCCAGAUACGGUGGAAGAGCCAGCAGGGAAGAAGGUCACUAAUGAUGUCCUGCCAACACCUCAGGCCACGUCAAGAGCUCCUCAGCCAGUGCCAAGAACCAAUAUGCCUGUGCUAAAGUCAAACACUGUGAUAGAAAACCCACCAGUGAGAGCUGGCAUACGGGAAAUAGACAGCAACAGUUCUGUAAGCAGCAAUUGUAUGAUCUGUGGGAAGCAUGUCCAUUUGGUCCAGAGACACAUGGCCGAUGGGAAGCUCUAUCACAGGAAUUGCUUCAAGUGUAAGCAGUGUAGCCGAACAUUACAACCAGGGCAGUAUAAAGCUGGAGAUGGACUUGGUAGUUUUAUAUGCACAAACCAUCAUAUAGCUGUGCCAACCUCACCUGUGAUGCGCACAAUUAUGCCUGCUGCCCCACAUGGCGCCACAGUGGAUGAGAAGAAGAGUAGUUGGGUGACCCCAAGGUCUGCAGUGCUGGAUCAGAAUAAUAAAACUCCGGGCAACAGGUUUGACCAUAGUGGACUAGGCACAGGUGCAGUGCAGGAUCCAACCAACAGAACCGCUGUGGGCUUUGUCAGUAAUAACCAGAAACUCCAGCAUUCUACAGGUGCACCUGCUCAGGAAGACAAACCUUCACGCAACAUUCUCAACUCUCCUUAUAGUUCGAGUAGCACAAGCACAGCAGUGGGAUUUGGAAAUAGCAUUAAAGACAACUCCAGUACCAUUACCAUUGGGUCUAACCAACAAAACAAAGUUGACAAUAACUAUUUAAACACCAGUCGUAGUGUUGCUCAUGAGCAGCCUAAAAAGCCAUCAUCAGAUUUACUUACCCACAAAGGAAAAUCUGAGCCCCAAAAAGAUCCUUUACCAAGCAACCAGCAAAUAAAAUCUCCAAACUUUACCAUCAAUUCCAUCUCUGCUGGAAGGAUGACUACCCUCAUAACUAAGGAUGAACCCAAGGAAACUUCUCCAAAACCUUGGGAAUUGUCUGCUGCAAAAAACAAGGCUGCUCGGGAGAGGUUUUUCCAGACAAGUCCUGCAGUUGUGGAGCCAGCAAAUAAAGUAUCCUCAAGGGAUGUAGUUUCUCCAAAAAGCUCUGAUGGACCUGGAAAGUCUACUGCUUCCAGCUUGUCGCCUGGUAUUACUGAUUCAAGCACAGAAAAGGACAACGCUCGGAACUAUCUCUUAAAAACCCUUGGCGGACCUACAUCUCCUAAACCAUCUGGGGAAGCAGAGAACCCUAGUCCAGUAUACAGACCGCACAGGCUAUUGAAUGAAAAAACUGCUGAUCCCUCGAAUUCCAGUACCAAAGUAGAACCUGCAAGACCGGUACCUAAGGAAAGAAAGAAUAAAAAUGACACUGCAAAGGCUGUUUUAAAUCCUGAGCCCCUUCUUACCACCCCAACAUACUCCAGUAAGGGAAUCACUACACCAAGCACAGGAAAUAGUUCCAGUACCACAAAAGGAAUCACUACACCAAGCUCAGGAAAUAGUUCCAGUACUACAAAAGGAAUCAGUACACCAAUCACAGGAAGUAGUUCCAGUACUACAAAAGGAAUCACUACACCAAGCUCAGGAAAUAGUUCCAGUACUACAAAAGGAAUCAGUACACCAAUCACAGGAAAUGGUUCCAGUACCACAAAGUCUUAUCUUUCUAAAAGUGGUCCUGGGCAGAGGGCUGAGGAAAUAUCCUCUAAAGGGCCAGUUCCAAACUCUAAUGUAUCGAAACAAGAAACCCCUGAAAACUGGAGGCAGAACUUAAAACCAAUAGCAAAAACUCCACAGACACCUGGUGUGGUGCAACCCAAAGUCUAUCCUCUUCCGAAAGAUGUGGAAAAUGCAGCCAAAACGACACCCUCUCCUCAGAAGACACCUACUAUAAUUAACUCCGUGAAGACCACUUUGAAUUUCCCUGGAAAAGAGAACAAGCCAUCUGAAUGCCUCACCCCACCAGCGGCAAAGAGCAAGGAGGACAAAGCAUCAUCCUCACCAACGCCUCCAAGGAAAAAACUUCUGCCGGUCAACUUGGAUUUGAUCAACGAUUGGCCAAAACCGGUGCAGAAGUGGCAAGAUGUGUCACUAAAGGAUGAUACCAAGAGACCAGCUGCUCAUUCCAGUGUGAAUGAAAGAAGUAAAAACUAUGCAUCGCGUAACAAGGCCCGGCCUGAAUAUAUCCCCGAGGAGGAGAUCCAGAGGCAGCUGCAGAUUAUCGAGCAGGAGCUGGAUGCCUUGGAACAGCAGGGAGUGGAAAUGGAGAAGCAGCUGCGCAGCUGUGACGGAGAUGAGUCAGAAGACACACUCAUGGUGGAUUGGUUCAAGCUUAUUCAUGAAAAGCAGCUCCUCCUGAGACAAGAAUCUGAACUGAACUACAUUUCUAAACAACAAGCUUUGGAGGACAAACAGUCUAAUGUUGAUACUGAACUUCGGAACUUAAUGAACAAGCCCGAUGAUCUAAAAACCCCAGCCGAUAGAGAAAGAGAGAAGCAAUUACUGGACCAAUUACUGGUAAUUGUCAAUGACAGAAGUGGAAUUGUAGAAUGCUUGGACGAAGACCGAAUCCGAGAAAAGGAAGAGGAUGAAAUAAUGGAAGCCAUGAUCCAAAGGCACUCAGAGAAUCAUCAAAAGGAGGCCAGUCCAGAGCCGAACCUCAAGAGACGAUCCAGGUUUAGCUUUUCGGGCCUUUUUAAGCCAAAAGAUAAAAGUAAAACUUAACAUGUGGAUGCCUUUAGCCUGAUGAGCGAUGAAAGACAAUCAGCAAAUAUAAUCUGGCAUGCUGCUCCUUGCAGAAUACUGGAAUUCCCAUGAGUUCCUAUGUAUAGAAACUCCAGAAUGCCAAAUGCUUGCAGCAGCCUUUGUAUAAUGUCUUUAUGGGGAAGAGAGAUUGUGUGUCUGGCAACACACUGGUUAACUCAAUGCCUCAGGGCAAAAGAUGCCCGCCUUUGCCUCCUGGCGUCAUCUAUCGGGCAUGUACCUAAUUCCACUUGUAUACAACUUCGCAUCCUGUAAUAUUGUAGUGCGUAAAAUGCUUUCGAUUUGGAGAGAGACUUCUGUUGCUUAUACCCUUUCAAACACAAAAGAAGUCAUUUUGCAGUUGGAGAGCGUCACUCUGAAGCUCAAUUUCUAUGAAGAUGGCUCAUAAGCUCAGGCUGAUGAUAUGCUAAGCAUAACUUGUUACAGAGACUCAAAGGAAAAGCCAUACCAGGGACGCUACUUAUUGAUUCUGAUCCAUGCUUAUGGCGUUCCUGGGGUCAGAGUGCCUGCGUGUAUGGAAGUAAGCUGUUAAACAGCCAUCAAUAAAAAGCACUUUUUCUAGGUCCCUGCUUAGGACUGGAUCCCACACAGUGUCAGGUUUGAGAGCAUUAAGAAAAUUACCCUUUAUUUUUACUUUAGGUAGCUGCUUUUAAUAAAGGUGUUAUUGUCACAAUGGUGUGGAUGUUUAUUGCAUUAAAUGUUAAAUUGAUACGCAUGACCCAAA